AUGUUGAGUCACAGUGAACAAGAAAGCUUUAAUAUCGAUUGUUUAUUAGCGAAAUUGACCCAGUGCCUCGAAGCGCAGCCCGACAAAGUUGACCUCAGAUCAUACGUGGAAGCUUACGAUGAACUGUACAAAUUAUUCAUGGCGCUCGGGACCCUGUUCGGGUUUGUGGCAUCGGAUGUACGGGAUAAGUGUGAUAUUCUGAAGAAAUACUUGACUGAAGUAGAGCAUUAUUCGAGCGUUGAAGGCAUGAUCGAAUAUGAAAUGGCCGAAGAUUUGAUCACCGCUGACGCCACCAAUGGAUGUCGAACGUUGCUUCGGUUGCAUCGUGCGAUGCCAUUCGUCGCACGAUUCCUUGAGCGGGUACACGCUGCCGGUGAAAAUGAUGCUUUGAAAAAGCAUGGGAAAGAAGCUUAUGAUCAGACUUUGGCUCAAUACCAUCCGUGGUUGAUUCGGAAAGCCGUCGGGUUAGCUGUAUACAGUUUGCCAACCAGGAAGAAUCUCCUGAACAUAAUCGCGGGAGAAACUUCGGAGCGUCAUGAAUAUGUUGCCGGUGUUGCCCCAACCGUUGUAUCGCGAUUAGAUGCGGUUUUUGAAAAAGUUCAGGUGCUGUACUCCGAGAAAUCGCUUCUGGAUUUACCGUGGAAUCCCUUUACAUUCGUCAGUGAUCAAAGAAUGACAAUGGAUGGUGAUAACGACAGCCCGCCUAUUUCUGACCAGGAGAAGGUCCGCAUAGCGUCAGAUUUUAUUCAGCAUGCUCCUCCGGGGGAAUUCAAUGAGGUUUUCAAUGAUGUGAGGAUAUUAAUCAACAAUGAUGCGCUUCUGAAAGAGGGGGUCUCGGCAUCGAUCGCUCAGUAUAACAAAGAACAACUCAUCCCUGUGAAAGUCCAAGACGCCGAAAUCCCAUCUCUGAUUUCGGAUUACAAUGACAUCGGAGGCGGUCGAUUUUAUGAUCCGAGAUCGAAACUAUCCUUUAAAGUUGAUCAUUUGCGGAAGGAAGCAAUGGACUUCCAGGGGUGGAGUGCCGACUCAAAAGUCGAAAGUUGGCGAGCUGCGCUUGAAGAAGAAAUGACGAGCUACGUAGGAGACCAUUAUCGCGGAAUGGUAAGUGGAGGAGCGUUUGGACCGUCAGCUUUAAUCAUGGAUCAGGAUGUGGCCAAGAAGUUGAAGUUCGUGGCUUACUGCGCGUGCAUGUGCAUUAUUAUGAAGACGGAUGAAAUUCAAAGUGCACAAGAGCUCACGCGAAUCAUUUGUGACGCGGAAAACAAGUACCAGUCUGCUAUUGUUGAAAACUAUCAUACUAUGUCUGACACGACUUUCAAAGCACUGAGACGGCAAUUGCCUGUGACCCGCACGAAAAUUGAUUGGAACAAGAUUUUAUCGUAUUCUAUUGGUAAGGAGCUCAAUCGUCAGUGAGCUGGAUACCCUUGCCAGUUAUUCUCCUUUUUGAUUUCACUCCGGGUUCUCGUUGAUGCGUUAAGAUAGAGCCGUUUUGUGGCUAAUUUUGCCAGAAAAAACCUCGCUCAUUAGCCGUCAUCAACUUCAUGCUCGGAAGCCUGAUUUCUCCCUCUUUUUCCGAAUUCACAUGUGGGAUGAGAUAAAUUUCUAAGUCGCUGUGAUAAAUUAUGUCCAGACUCCGGGGCAAGAUUUGGUCGCUAACCUCUUUGUGAGAUAGGUGCCGAAAAAAUAAAGUGCAGCGGAGUUCUGGGACUUGUAUUUUGAGACCGAGCGAUGGGAAAAAAAUUCUUGGAUUUAGUUCAUUCGCUUAGCUUUGUUUUUUGUUGUGGCUAUUUUAGCAUUUCAUUUAUUCCAUCUCCAGAGUUAUCGAGGUAAUAUUAAUUUAUAUGACAUUCAUGCGCUUGUAAGGAGAGAUUUUGCGUUUUUUCUUUUCGUCACUCAGUCUUGCGCAUGCAUCAGCAUUUUAUUCUAUUUUUUGAGGUUAAAUGUCGUCUGCGUUGCCCAUUUUGUUCAAGGAGCGAAGGAAUGUUAUUUAUGUUUGAAUGUUUCUGUGGUUGACAUUUUCCUUCCGGCUGCGUUGGAAUUGAGCUGUCACCAGAAUCGAUUGUUUUAUUUGUUGCGUGUAAACGCAGAUUCCAAUGGUUUUAACCAGAAGCUGAGAAGAAACAAGGGCGAAAAGUUGCUUUUA